GCCCCUGCUCCCCCCAAGACCCGAUUCACCUCCCUUCUUAGGUGAAAAAUGAGAAAAAAACAAAAAAGAACCCUAGUAGCCGCCACCCUCUCUUCUCCGCGUACUGCAACCAAUGCUCACCGCAACCACCGCCAUCUCCACAGUCAAGCUCCACCGCCUCGUUUUAUCAUCUCCCAUCGCUCUCUCUCUGUAGUGGUCGGCGUCGUCUGGUCAUCGGAGCCAGGAUUGUAUAUUCGUCGCUGCCGCCGCUGUGGAGUUAUAUAUUGUCGUCCCCGGCGUCGAGUUCUCUAUUGUCCUCAUCGUCACCGCCGAGCUCUCUCCUCUCCUCGCCGUCACUGCCGAGGUAUCUCUUCUCCUCGCCAUCGUCAAACCGGCUCUUUCUCUCUCUCACCCUUCAUCUGCGAUAUGUCUGCAUUGAAAGAAGCUCAAUGAGAAACCUUGUUUCCUUGUUCGCCUGUUUGUAACUCGUUUAUUAGUUGAACCACUCUGAGUUGCACACUCCUCAGUGUACACUUCAAGGCACCCUCACGAAACCACAAGGUUUGAGUGUAACCAAGCGCCUUGUUUCAUUGUGGGGGAAGAGGUUCGGAGAAGAGGUGGAUCAAGAUCUUAAUAUUUACCUGCAAGUGACGUAGACAGGUUUUUAAGGAUGCCUAGAAAACCAAGGUACAACAUUAUACAGGAACCCCCGAAAGAUGCCGAAACUAAUGCCGGUACCGAAGAGACAACGGUUGGGACCACGACUAGAGGAGCUCAGACAUCACGGCAAACACGUGAUAGGGUUCCUCCGAUAUCAUCCUCAGCUAAUAGAGCUCCGGCAACCCGUAUGAAUGAACCGUUUCGUGCACCGCGCAUCGACCAUAGGAAUGCACAAUCGAGUACUGCUGAUGACCCUCAAACUCCAACAGACGACAUAGAGACUCGGCCUCGCGCGGAAGUGGCUGAUGAUGAAUUAGGGGAUGAGGAUUAUGACCUAGAGGCGGAUGAAGUUCCGUCGUUCGAUGACCACAUCGACGACUUGUUUGCUGCCCAAGAAGUCGAAGGUCAGCAUAGCAACAAGAAAGCCAAAGAUACAGAUUUCUGGGAAGUUACAGUUAUCGAGGACGGUGUCAGAAAGGUUUCUAAGCUGAGUGUGAAGGAGGCUAUAGGCCUCCCUUCCAAUACGAAGAUAGUACUCCUGUUUAACAGUCAGCUGCAACCGAUUGGUCAGGCGGCAGGACUACUGAGUGGUUUCAUAGGGAAUUUGGGUGCGGAUUAUUCUCGGUUCCCCAUAUACUUAGAAAGUUGGAAGCUGGUGAGCAAAGCAAAGAGGGAUCAGGCGUACAACAUGCUUAAGCGGGUCUUUUACUAUGAGGACGAUGCCGGAGGAAAAAUAAAGCGUGAUAUUUUGAAGAGGAUAGGAAAGAACUGGAAGGAUUCAAGACACCACUUGUUUCAUAGGUGUUACAAACUUGUAAGGACUUAUGAGGAAAAUCUUCAGCAUCACCCGAAAGGAAUAGACAAAAAUGAUUGGAAAAAGUUCGUUGACUAUCGCCUGAAUGAAGAAACGCAGAAAAAGUGUAGACAGAAUACUUUAAAUCGGAGCAAGCAAGUUUACACACAUACUGGGGGCUCCAAAACCUUGGCACGAAAAAAAGACGAAGUGGAGAGAGAGCAAGGAAGGCCCGUGGGUAGAGGGGAGUUAUUUAUCAUGACUCAUAAGAAAAGAGAUGGCUCGUAUAUCCACCCCGAUGCGCGUGUUGUUAGUGAAGCAAUUGCGAAUGUUGAGAGGCAGGAUGGAUCCUCUAAGCACCUUUCACAGAAUGACUCGCUAGCACAAGUUCUCGGAAAGGAGCACCCAGGACGAGUUCGUGCCCUAGGUGCUGGACCAUGUCCCACCCAGGUCUUUGGUAAUGCUGCUGGACAACCGUCGGGUUCUGCAGAGUCCAAUGCAGAGGAUAAGAGGAUGAUUGCAGAAUUGAUGGCUAAGUUAGAAGAAGAGCGGGCGAAGAGACAGUCAGUACAUAAGGUCUUGGGAUAUGUAGUCCAACAGUUAGGAGGCAAUUUGCCAAUUGAGAUUGCUGAAGAGCUGGCUUUUGUGGGCGAUACACCAGACUCGUCAUGUGCAGGGCCAUCUUCAUCUGGAAAUCGCAACCCGCAACAAAAAUCUUGAAUUUUAAUUAAUGGUUUUGGAUACCUUUUACAUUUAAGUUGGUUUAGUACGUUAGGCUUAUUUUAUUGAACUUGAGUAUUUAAUCCUGUAUUUUGGACGAUAUUAUGACAAUUUCGUUAUAUAAGUUAUGUUUGCAUAAUUUUAA